AAGCUUUUUGCCAUAUUAAAAUCCACUUGUGGCGACUGUGUUAGUGAAUGACAGCUAGGCUAGCGACUAUAUUCGACCCGGCAACUGCCUAGAUUAUCAAUUUACUGUUGUUUAGACCAUAAUACCAAUAUCAAAAUGUUUGAGGAGGCUAGUGAGGUGUUCGAUAACAUGUUUAAGUCCUCUUUCCCCCUGACUUUCAUUGUGUUUAUCCCCGCGGUACUGAUUCUCGUCUCACCCCUUCCAGCCGAAGCGGCACAUGAAUUCACCGUGUACCGCAUGCAGCAGUAUGAUCUGCAGGGACAACCGUACGGGACCAGGAAUGCCAUAUUGAACACAGAAGCGCGCACAGUGGAGGCGGAAGUGCUAAGCCGCCGCUGUGUCAUCAUGCGGCUGGUGGACUUCUCCUAUGAGAGAUACCAGAAAGCCCUGCGCCAGUCCGCUGGGGCUGUGGUCAUCAUUCUCCCCAAGAAUAUGUCCACCAUGCCGCAGGACAUAGUACAGCAGUUCAUGGAGCUGGAGCCAGAGAUGCUGGCCACAGAGACCAUUGUUCCGGUUUACUUUGCUCUGGAGGAUGAUGAGCUGCUCUCCAUCUACACACAGACCCUCACCUCCUCCUCCUCCCAGGGCUCCUCCUCUGCAGCUGAAGUGCUGAUCCACACAGCCACAGCAAAUGGCUUUCAGAUGGUGACGAGUGGGGCUCAGAGCAAGGCAGUGAGUGACUGGGCCAUCACCAGUCUAGAGGGGCGACUGGCUGGAACUGGGGGAGAGGACCUGCCCACCAUUGUCCUGGUGGCUCACUAUGACUCCUUUGGUGUCGCUCCGUGGCUGUCCUAUGGAGCAGACUCUAAUGGCAGUGGGGUGUCUAUGCUGCUGGAGUUAGCCAGGCUCUUCUCCAGACUCUACACCUACAAGAGGACACACGCUGGAUACAACCUGCUUUUCUUUGUCUCUGGAGGAGGGAAGUUCAACUACCAAGGCACCAAGCGCUGGCUGGAGGACAACCUGGACCAUACAGACUCUAGUCUGUUGCAGGACAAUGUGGCAUUUGUGUUGUGUCUGGACACCCUGGGGAACGGGGACAGUCUGCACCUUCACGUGUCCAAACCCCCUAAAGAGGGAACCGCCCAGUAUGCCCUGCUCAAAGAGCUGGAGACUGUGGCGUCCAACCAGUACCCAGAGGUCAAGUUCUCAAUGGUGCACAAGAAGAUAAACCUGGCGGACGACACGCUGGCGUGGGAACACGAGCGCUUCGGGAUCCGCCGGCUGCCGGCCUUCACGCUGUCCCACCUCAACAGCCACCGCGAGGUGCAGCGCUCCAGCAUCAUGGACGUGCGGUCAGUGUCUUCUGAACAUGGAGCGGGAGAGCCCCCUGCUGGACCUCAUGUGGAUCUGAGAAAGCUCAGCAGGAACACAAAGCUGAUUGCAGAGUCGCUGGCCAGAGUCAUCUACAACCUCACGGAGAAGGGUGCCCCAGGUGACCUACAGAUUUUCACUGAACAAAUGCAGAUGCAGGAGGAGCAGCUGUCGUCGGUGGUGGACUGGCUGACAGCCCAGCCACGGGCUGCCCAGCUGGUGGACAAGGACAGCAGCGUGGUCAGCACCCUGGAGUACCACCUGGGACGGUACCUGAAGGACGUCCGCAGGCACUACGUCAAGGCUGACAAGAGAGACCCAGAGUUUGUCUUCUACGAUCAGCUCAAACAGACCAUGAAUGCUUACAGGGUGAAACCAGCCAUCUUUGACCUGCUUCUGGCAUUCUGCAUCGCAGCAUACCUCGGAGUGAUAUAUCUGUUCAUCCAGCACUUUGUGGUUCUCUACAGUGUGGUGCGCAGAAUCACAACGCCCAAGACCAAGCAGCAUUAAGACACUCCUCUUCCUCAUUCAGACUCCUCACUCACACCGACAACGAGCUCUAGCCAGUAACAAAACGGGGGCGGACCAAGCAGCUCAUCUUUUUUUUCUUUUUUUUACCACCCAAUCUAUGUCCUUUGUUCCUCUUUGGAAAUGAAACGUGUUGAAUCAUUUCUCUCUGCCAGGUUUAUAGCCAUCUAGUCAGUUCCUUCAAUGGCUGUCAAGUCAGAAUGCACUCUGGUCUUCCUGUACCCGUGAAAUCAGAUGUCAAACAUUUCCUCGUCCGCCCAAUCCCACAUCAACUCCUAGUCCCUAAACCCUAUUUUCCCCUAUGAUCAGAGAGAAUUUGAUAGGUGUCAGAAAUAUGGUAAUAGCGUUACCUUGUGCUCAGAUAGGCUAGGUGACAUUUUCACCAGUUUGCUUAUACCUCUCCAUAAGGAGUAGGUACUAGGGGUUGAUGUGAGAUUGGACAUUUCUAUACCCACAGCUCACUCCUCAGUGCCCUACGGUGUGAAUUUUGCCAAACUACAAUGGGUCGUCUUCUUGGGCAGCUAUGGAGUAGCAUGAGUGUGCAGGAGCAGUGAGACUUGGUAAUAUUGUUUGGAUGGAUGGUUGAUAUAUUUGGUCACCCUGACUAGAUUUAUUUUUCUAUAGGAUUCAUUUUUUUCUUUAACCCCAAUGAACUAAUGAAAUAAUGCUUUCAGAAAGUAUUCAUACACCUUGACUUAUUCCACAUUUUGUUGUUACAGCCUGAAUUCAAAAUGGAUUAAAUUGUUUUUUUUUCUCACCCAUCUACACACAAUACUCCAUAAUGACAAAGUGAAAAAAUGUUUUAACAUUUUGUAGCAAUUUUUUUGCACAACCCUGAGUCAGAUUUUAGAAUCACCUUAGACAGUGAAUACAGCUGUCAGUUUUACACACCUGGAUUGUACAAUAUUUGCACAUUACUCUUUAUAAAAUUCUUCAAGCUCUGUCAAGAUGAUUGUUGAUCAUUACUAGACAGCGAUUUUCAAGUCUUGCCAUAGAUUUUCAAGACGACUUUAAGUCAAAACUGUAACUAGGCAACUCAGGAACAUUAAAUGUCGUCUUGAUAUGCAACUCCAGUCUAUUUGGCCUUGUGACUCCCAGUGUCUGGAAAGCAGACUGAACCAGGUUUUCCUCUAGGAUUUAGUCUGUUUAUUUUUAUCCUAAAAAACUCCCUAGUCCUUGCGGAUGACAAGCAUACCCAUAACAUGAUGCAGCCACCACCAUGCUUGAAAAUAUGAAGAGUGGUACUCAGUGAUGUGUUGGAUUUGCCCCAAACAAAGCGCAUAGUUAAUUUCUUUCUCACAUUUUUUGCAGUAUUGGAGUAUUUUUAUUGUGUACAGGCUUCCUUCUAUUCACUCUGUCAUUUAGAUUAGUGUUGUGGUGUAACUACAAUGUUGUUGAUCCAUGCUCAGUUUUCUCCUAUCACAGCCAUUAAACUCUAACUGUUUUAAAGUCACCCAUGGCCUUGUGGUGAAAUCCCUGAGCCGUUUGCUUCCUCCGGUAACUGAGUUAGAAAGGACGCUUUUAUCUUUGUUGUGCCUGGGUGUAAUGAUACACCAUCCAAAGUGUAAUAAUUUCACUAUGCUCAACGGCAAUGUCUGCUUUUUUAUUUUUACCCCUCCGGUGCCCUUUGCGAGGCCUUGGAAAGCCUCCCUGGCCUUUGUGGUUGAAAUUCACUGCUCGACUGAGGGACCUUACAUGUUAACCACUAUUAUUGCACACAGAGUGAAUCCAUGCAACUUAUGUGACUGGUUAAGCAAAUAUUUACUCCUGAACUUAUUUAGCCUUGCUAUAACAAAGGGGUUGAAUACUUACUGACUCAAGACAUUACAGCUUUUCUUUUGUAAUGAAUUUGUAAAAAAAUAUCUAAAAACAUAAUUCCACUUUGACAUUAUGGGGUAUUGUGUGUAGGCCAGUGACACACAAUCUCAAUUUAAUAAAUGUUUUAUUCAGGCUGUAACACAACAAUGUGGAAAAAGUCUAGGGGUGUGAAUACUUUCUGAAAGCACUGUAUGUAUGAAUAAGAACAUGCAUUUAGAAUGAUAAAUUGUCCCCCAUACUACCCAUUGCCAUCACUAGAGUAAGUACGGUUAUAGAAUGGAUUAUUUUUGUUUCACCCCUUUGUAGACUAGUUUACUAGUGUUACUACAGUAUGCGACUGACUUAGUUUUGAUUACAAAUGCCUUUUUAAAAUGUGAAAACAUUAGACCCUCCCCUCCCACAAAUAUGUUAAUCAGAGAUGUAUGCAGUGUUGCAGUAAGGUCACAGACUGAGACAGAAUUGUGUUGGGAGAUUAUCUGGACAUGUCUAUUGCAGACACAGCACGUUGAAAUCCCCCCUUGCUCUCAUCAACUAAAGUCUUAAGGCAAGACGUUGGUAGAUCAAAUUGGACCUUUUGGACGGAGUCUGGUAAUAUCAAUGUGUUGUCCCUCGUCUUCGUCUAUAUCCCUUACGGUCUUUGAUCUUGAGGGGAGAGGAGACAACACUUGUGUGCUGUGGUUGGCAUGCAGUAUCACAUGUAGGAAUCCCAUAACGCUCUCGCAGUCAGUGAGAGCAAAUGGGCUGGCGAGAUUCACCUAUCAACACAAGGUACAAAACUGAUAUAUAUAUUUACAUUUUUAUUUAUUGAAGCAGACUAUGCUAAACUGCACUGACUUGAACUCUCAAGACUCUUUUUGUCCAACACCUACAUUUACCUUUGUCUCGACUGUUUUACCUGGUCCACGUAAACUUGAUUCUUGCAAUGAAAAUUACAAAGAAUAAAUGAAUUUGUUGAAAUAA